CAACGUUGAUCUGGCGUUAAAGAAAAAAAAAGUGAUGGUCUCUUUGCUAACCAACAAGUGAACGCGUAUAAAAAGGAUUGUUCUCACCGAAAAGAAUCACCAGUUCAUUCCCAACUGUCCUAAGCAGCUCACAUCUCCAACAUGAAGUUCAUCAUCCUCGCCGCUGUUUUCGCCGUCGCUGCCGCCAACUCCUACAAGGCCGCUGAAUACGCCCCUAAAUACGAGGCUCCUAAAUACGCCCCUAAAUAUGACGCCCCUAAAUACGAAGAAGUUACCUACGCCGCUCAGCCCUACAGCUUCGGAUAUGAUGUCCAGGAUAAGGAAUCCUACACCGACUUUGACCACUCCGAGAAGGCCGAUGAGAAAGUUACCACUGGAUCUUACCGUGUUGCUCUCCCCGAUGGCCGCACUCAGAUCGUCACCUACCGCGCUGAUGAGAACGGAUACACCGCUGAUGUGAAAUACGAAGGAGAGGCCCAGUACCCCGAAUACGAGGAAAACCAAUACAAGGCUGCUGCUUACCCUGCCCCAGCCUACCCUGCCCCAGCCUACAAAGCCCCAGCCUACAAGGCUCCUGAAUACAAAGCUCCUUCCUACCCCGCCCCAGCCUACAAAGCUCCUUCUUACCCCGCUCCAGCCUACCCCGCUCCAGCCUACAAAGCUCCAUCUUACCCCGCCCCGGCUUACAAAGCCCCUUCUUACCCAGCUCCCGCUUACAAAGCCCCAUCCUACCCCGCUCCAGCUUACAGCGCCCCAGUCUACAAAGCCCCAGCCUACCCCAAGUACUAGGCCGACCCUUUUCGUUCCUAAUGGAAGUCCAAUGAAAUAUGAAAUGUGAAACUAUUUUGAGUCAAAAGGAAGAUAUUAUGAAGACGGGUAAAUCCUUAACCGUCUGAAUUAUUUAUCAAAUACAAAUUCGACAAAUCAAA